CCAAAAUAUGUACCUUUGUUUUUUUUCUUGAAAAGUCAAACCCUCACUUCACAAGUCAACUUGUUCUCCCCAAUUUGUCCCACGCUUAAACCCUAAACCCUCAUUUCCAAGUUCCAACCCCAAAAAACUUCCACACACUGAACCACCAUGAUAACCACCGUAAUCUUCCGAGAAACAUCCAGAAUUUAUCGACGCCGGCCACCAUUCGGUCUCCUAUGGGUCCGGUCCAUGGGAGGCGGGGCUCGAACUUUCCCAGGUGGUCUCAACAAGUGGCAGUGGAAGCGCCUCCACGAGAAGAAGGCCUGCGAGAAAGAGAAGCGCCUCAUUGAUCAGGAGAAGCAGCUUUACCAGGCUCGUCUCCGCUCCCAAAUACGGGCCUCCGUUUCGGGCCUCCCGGAGAAGCCGGAGGGCCCGUCGCACUCCCCAAUAUCCCCGAAAGAGCAUCUUAAGGCCCUCGCCGACCGGUUCGUGAAGCACGGCGCCGAGGAUUUGUGGAACGACGAUGAUGGUCCGAUACAUUCGCCUCCCCAUCCCGGAUCGAAUAAGCCAAUUGAUCCCAGGAACUUUAUCAAGGAUGGUAAUUUGCAGCAGAAAAGGGGUUACUGUAGCCAGAGAAAUGAUGGUAGUUUUGAUAGUUUGUUGAAUUCUAGGGUUUUUUGGGGUGAUUUACAGCAAAUAAGGGGGUUUACUGAGGGAAAUUUGAUUACUUUUAGGGGUAAUUUGGAGCAAAAGAGGGGUUAUCCGGGUAAUGUAAGAGGAAAAGUGAAGAAAUUUUAUAAACAUAUAAAAGGAAGUUCGUCGAGCGAGGAUGAUGAGGAAGAUCAUGGUACAGUGAGUAGCAAUGCAAGGUGGCCGAAGUUUGUUUUGGAAGGGGAUGCACCGGGGACCGAGGAGGAGAGGGAAAAGGGUGAUGUGAAGAAUGUGAAGAGGUUUAUGGGAAAUGCUACUUUAGGGAAUUAUGAUGUGAAGGUAACAAGAAAACGGAUUGUGCAGGAAUUGGAGGACUAUGCUGAGCAGGAAGAUGAAGAGGGUGAGAAAGCUAUGAAACUUUACGAGAUUAAGCAGGAGAUUAUUGAGAGGAAGCGGGUGGAAGAAACACACGAAGUGAUUGAUCAGGAUGAGUUUGUUGCCUCAGGAAAGAGAUUUGAUGACUCGGGAAUAUCACCCCUGACGGUUAAGGCAUUAACUGCCGCUGGCUAUGCUGUGAUGACUAGGGUACAAGAAGAUACUCUGUCUGUCUUUCUCGAGGGUAAGGAUGCGUUCAUUAAAUCUAGAUCCGGGACAGGCAAAACCACUGCUUUUCUGCUUCCUGCAAUUGAAACAGUUUUGAAAGCCAUGAACAGUGACAAAGCUAAGCGUGUGCCUCCUAUAUAUGUGCUUAUUAUAUGCCCCACAAGAGAACUCGCCAGUCAAAUUGCUGCAGAAGCAAGGGUUUUGUUGAAGUAUCAUGACGGCUUAGGUGUCCAAAUGCUAGUGGGUGGUACGCGUUUCAAAGAUGACCAGAAACGCCUUGAAUUGGAUCCUUGCCAGAUUCUGGUUGCUACUCCCGGUAGAUUACUGGAUCACAUUGAGACCAAAUCGGGCUUGUCUACGAGAUUGAUGGGGCUUAAAAUGCUUGUACUUGACGAAGCUGAUCAUCUGCUAAGUCUUGGGUACCGCAAGGACAUGGAAAAAAUUGUUGAUUGUUUACCUCGUCGACGACAGUCUCUGCUGUUUUCUGCGACAGUCCCGAAAGAGGUUCGUCGAAUUUCUCAGCUUGUUCUUAAAAGAGAGCAUUCUUUUAUCAACACUGUGGAUGCUGGUAGUCCAGAUUCCAAUUCUAAGGUGAAGCAGUCUUAUAUUAUCGCUCCCCAUGAUGUGCAUUUUCAAGUUGUAUACCAACUUUUGAAGGACCAUAUUACAGGAGUGCCAGAUUACAAGGUUAUUGUUUUCUGUGCGACUGGAAUGGUGACUUCACUAAUGUACCUUUUCUUCCGCGAAAUGCAAUUAAAUGUCAGGGAGAUACACUCAAGAAAGGCGCAACUUUACCGAACUCGUAUAGUUGAUGAGUUUAAGCAAUCAAAACGUCUGAUUUUAAUUUCGUCUGAUGUAUCUUCAAGAGGAAUAAACUAUCCUGAUGUUACUUUGGUUAUUCAGGUUGGAAUUCCCUCUGAUAGGGAGCAAUAUGUGCAUCGCCUUGGGAGGACCGGUCGUGAAGGAAAAGAUGGUGAAGGCAUUUUGCUGCUUGCGCCGUGGGAAGAGCAUUUUCUGGAGUACAUAAGGGACAUGCCUAUUGAAAGGUCUUCUGCACCACAUGUUGACCAACAUGCAAAAUCAAAGAUGGAGGAUUCAAUGGCAAAGAUUGAUACUAGUGUGAAAGAAUCUGCGUACCAUGCUUGGCUCGGUUAUUAUAAUUCUCUGAGGGAAAUAGGCAGGGAUAAAACCUCACUUGUUCAUUGGGCGAACCAAUUUUGUGAGUCAAUCGGGUUGGAGAAACCUCCUGCACUCUUCAGAAAAACUGUUGUGAAAAUGGGUUUGAAAGAUAUUCCUGGCAUUCGAGUAAGGAAAUAGCACAGUAUAAAACUGUUGAAGAUUUUCAAUGUAACUAGGGAACUGGAGAAGCAGAAUUCCUCAAACCAGCAAUUGAUAUGCUGCAAGAGAAGAAAGAAGACAGUGUCGGUUUCGAUUUUAUGCAACUCUGUGGCAGCCAAAUGAAAUGAAACAUUCUGCUUUUGCCAAUUUAGGAGCUGUAUUGUGGGAGAUUUAACAUACUUAGCUAGGCAAAGUUUUGUAUAUUCUUCAGCUGAUUUUCUGGUCAGAACAGCAUAUUUAUUUGAUUCCUUGCUUCAGUUUCAUUGUAUCUAUGUCUACUUUCUUGCU